UUUUGUUUGUGCAGCUGGGUGUCCUUUGCGAGCGCAUCGAUUGCAGUAAAGCCGUUCUGGAGUAAUAGCCGUAUUGACAGCUUUGUAUAUUUCGCGCUUUUGAAUUCUCAUAAUUGCUCGUACAUUGUAAAUACGAUUAUGUCGUAUACGGAAGGCAAAGUGCUUAGUCUUCAGUUCAACCAAGAUCACGGUUGUUUCUCCUGCUGCAUGGACACGGGACUGCGGAUAUUUAAUGUUGAACCACUGGCCGAAAAAGCGCACUUGGAUAUGUCUCAGGUCGGCAGCCUCGCCAUUUGCGAAAUGCUGCAUCGCACAAACCUGUUGGCCGUUGUUGGAGGCGGACCUUCGCCCAAGUUCGCCGACAACACCGUGCUCGUGUGGGAUGACAUGACCAAGCGAUUCGUCAUGGAGUUUACUUUUCCCACCACAGUCUUGGCUGUGAGGCUCCGGAGGGACAAGAUAUUUGUGGUGACCAGGCGUCAGAUCCACGUGAUGUCAUUCCUAAAUAGCCCGGCCAAGUUGUUUACAUGCGAUACAUGGGACAAUCCGAGAGGCCUCUGCCAAGUGACGCCUUCCGCUGCUGCCGAGAGGCACCUCCUUGUCUUUCCCGGCCAGAGGUGCGGCGGCGUCCAACUUGUGGACCUCUCUGCGACAGUGCCAAGCAUGUCAAUGUCGCCAGUGACCAUCCCUGCCCACCAAAGUGACAUCGCAUGCAUUGCUCUCAACCAGGAAGGCACCAUGCUUGCCACUGCGUCACAGAAGGGCACGUUGAUUCGAGUCUUUGAUACACUCAAGCGAAACUUGGUUGUGGAGCUGAGAAGAGGAGCCGAUCCAGCUACGCUUUACUGCAUAAACUUUAGCCAAGACUCGGAGUACAUCUGCGCAUCAAGUGACAAAGGGACAAUCCAUAUUUUCGCAUUGAAAAACACGAAACUAAACAGACGAUCAACCUUCCAGAAGAUGGGAUUCUUGGGUCCCUACAUGGAGUCACAGUGGGCCCUGGCAAAUUUCACAGUACCAGCAGAGUGUGCCUGCAUUUGUGCUUUUGGCACGGGGUCAUCGGUAUACGCAAUUUGUGUUGAUGGCUCGUUCCACAAGUACGUCUUCACCAAGGACGGCAACUGCAACAGGGAGGCUUAUGACAUCUUCCUGGACGCUUGUGAAGACGAUGAUUUGUGAUCAUUGUGGAUAGUCUGCAUCUUGUAAAAAUUGUACAUAUUGUGAUUGUUUUAAAAUACAUCUGUUUACACUCAUA